GCAUUGUGAUUGGGUGGUUUACGCUGUCAAUACAGGAGACAAACCAAUGGGCCACUGGCUGCUUGUGAUGGUCCUUGGCAAAAAGAAAACAAACAAAACUAAUUCUGUCGGCGCCUUCAGUGCAUCGGCCCACCGGGAAAAUGCCCGGUAUGCCAGAUUACCAGUCCAGCCCUGCUGAAAAGCUGACUCGGCACUUCAGACACUUUUCCUGCGGGAUAAACUUUUGUGUGGGUCUGGAGUCCCGUACACACUGCGGUCAGCUCCUGCAGGUCAGAUGUCAUCGCUGCGGGCUCCGGUCAGAAGUCUAUCUGCGAGUUAAAACAUGACGCCAAAGGAUCCUGACCAAGCAUCAGCCCUAUAACCCAGCAAAACAUUCACGAGGAACUUGUGGGCCGGAUUUGUCCAGGGCCGAAUUUUAACCCCAGUCCAACCCAUUUCUGUAUGGCAUGAUGAGCUUUGUCGAGAAACGCUUCUGGUGACAUCAUACAGCAGGAUCAGAUCCACCGAGUGCUGAAUACUGAGAACGCCUCUAUAGCUCACUAUAACCCCAGGAUUAUAACAACCCUGAUUGUACAUUAUUCCUUAUACUUCUAUUGGUGACGAGCAGCUGAAGGAAGAUGACGACUGGCUCUUCAUGGAUCCAGAAGAACAAGAUCCCAGUGAAGAUCGGAUGAGAAGCAGAGGAGACACUGGCAAUUCCUCUGCCACAGCUGCUGAUCUCCAGAAAGAGACCCUACCCAGCACACCUUGCUUAAUUGUGCAAGGAGAGAUACUAAGCGCAGACAAGUGGAUGAUGUCCAUGGAAGGAACUAUUGUGAUGGGGCCCCACAACAAUCUUUUGAAUGGAGCGACCUUCGCUGCUUACUAUGUGUUCAACCUGCAGUAUCUAAAGAUGCCUCAAGCACUCUUGAAUUUGUCCAAAGGGUCAACAGCAAAUUCAUCUGGCUCUUCAGCCACCAUUCCAUCUGCCACUCCAUCAACUUCUUCAUCUGGCUCUGUUCGGGGUGCAUCAGGCACACAUCCUGUCGAAGCUGAGGUUUCCAGGUUAUUUGCUGCAUAUAACAAUCAAAGCAGGACAAGGCGACCAGCAAGAAACACACAUACACUUUCCACUUACACACACACAUUUUGUUGCCUUGGGCGGAAAGAUGCAAGUACUGUCCCAAGUAGGGUUGGCAAAGACCAACUCCAAAGAUUGGGGUUGGGUGACAAGCGCCUAGUCUUUCGAGGUAAUCAAGACAGUUCAGCAGAUUUUAUGGACUUCAUUCUUUCUACCUAUCCAGAGAUGAGAGAUGCAGGUGGUUUUGAGUUGCUGAAAAUUUCAGGAACCACACAUAACCGCAAUCUCUCCUUAAUCCCAUGCCCUAAUCAGGGUUACAGUGUGAGAUAUCUGAAAGAUCCUGCUGUCUUUAUAAAUAAUUCUACAAUUUACAUUCGCCCACUGCAAAGGAAUUUGAAUAUGGAGAAUGUGUUGAAUGAUGAACCAGUAGACGCUCAACCUGGACCCUCUACAGAAUGUCUGAUUUGUGGAGAAAAAUUUCCUUUCUCACAAAUCAGAUCACAUAGUGACGCAUGUUCAAGGCAGUCACAGGGUGAAAUUGAAAUGCAAAAUGAGGAUGCAGCAGUGCCUACAACAAGUACGACAUGUGCCUCCACCUCACAGGAUCAAGUUAUUAAUUUGGACAAUCAGGAGGCAGGCACAGAUCAGGAUUUGUUCAAUAAUUCUCCCACUGCUUGUGUCUUGGGGAAAUUAGAUUUCACUGUCAAGGCUUGGGUUACAGAACCAAAUCCAGACAAGUCAGCUCAACUGUAUGUAGAGUCAGCACUUGAGGAAAAAAACAACAACGAAAGUCUGAACUUCAACCUGAAUCUAAGAGAAUCUUUGGAAGACAGAAACAGGGCCAGCAUUCAUUUCUACAAAAAGCCAAAGGUGGAGUGGGCUGAUUGGUACUGCGAAGAACAACUCUGCAGGUUAAACAAAUGAGGAGGGGUUUGAAAGACACCGGGGUCUGGGAUUUUUUUUUAGCUCCAGGCCAGAUGGCAUCCCAUUCUUGUUCCCUAGGACCAGUGAUACAGUGUUAACACCACAGAGAGAGACGCUGUCAGAGAGUCAUUGUCACCGUCGUCACCAGCAAUCACCAGAUCACAGUGACCUGUGUUCUAAUCACCUGCACCUGCUCACCCUCAUCAGCACUCCCAUAAAGCACCCACGCUCUCUGACAUUCAUCGUCCGGUCUCCGGUUCACAUGCGGAACAGUAACCUGCCUCUCCUCCACACUAACCUUUAUGUGUUUACUCUCCAGCUACUCGGCAGUGAUUCUCCCGUGUCUCUCCAGCGAUUCCCGCGACAGACUCCUUAGCCCUUUGGAUAUCCAUCGGAAUACUAUCAGAAGACCGGACCAACACCGUCACCAGCAUGGAUCCCCGGCCCUCUUCAACCUCUGAGAUCCUGGAGGAGCUGGUCAACACUCUGCGGGCCUCAUUACUUCCACCACCAGCGCCCCAAUCUGCCUCUGCCAGUCCCAUGGCACUGCCUGCUUCCUAUACCCACACGAGCCGGACGAGCCUCCUCCUCCAGAAAUCCUUGAACAGCCUUCCAUCUACCAGGUCCACGAGAUUAUUGAUUCACGGCGACUGGGAGGCCGACUGGAAUACCUUGUGGACUGGGAAGGCUAUGGACCGGAGGAACGAUCCUGGGUGGCCCGGGACGACAUCCUUGACCCCCUGUUACUACAAGAAUUCCAUCGCGAUCAUCCCGAUCGUCCCGCACCCAGAGGUCGAGGUCGCCCCCGUCGCCGUGUAAGGGCGUCAGGAGCCGCCCCUGGAGGGGGGGGUAGUGUCAGAGAGUCAUUGUCACCGUCGUCACCAGCAAUCACCAGAUCACAGUCACCUGUGUUCUAAUCACCUGCACCUGCUCGCCCUCAUCAGCACUCCCAUAAAGCACCCACACUCUCUGACAUUCAUCGUCCGGUCUACGGUUCACAUGUGGAACAGUAACCUGCCUCUCCUCCACACUAACCUUUAUGUGUUUACUCUCCAGCUACUCGGCAGUGAUUCUCCCGUGUCUCUCCAGCGAUUCCCGCGACAGACUCCUUAGCCCUUUGGAUAUCCAUCGGAAUACUAUCAGCUACCCGAAGACCCAGUUAUUCCCCUAUUGGACUGCUCUCACUCUAC